CUUCCAGUGCACGUGGCUGGAGAAAGGGGUGGAGCGAACCUCUUUGUUAUCACGGUACUUAUUCCGCUGUUGAGACAGAAAUGUCUACCUUUAUCUAGACCGAUAACUCUAACUUGGAACGGGCUUUCUCGUUCGGCUAGGACAUAGCCAGGAUAAACGUUGCAAACAGAGACAUCAUCCUCGACCAUCUCUGUGUCCGUCUCCCAUUGAAGAUGUUUUCCACGGCCACAAGAAACUUUGUGGAGGAGAUUGAUGAUGGCAGUUUGAUCCCUGUGUCCAGUCUGAUUGACUCAGACAAACUGGUCCCUCUCUCACUGGUUGUGAAACGCAAGCGUUUUUGGAUUUGGCAGAAACCCAAGUACCUGCCCACUGAUUUUACCCUCAGUGAUGUGCUGACUGGAGACACACCCUUAACCCCAGUUGUGGUCAAGACUGAUUUCCUAAAGUACCAAGGGACAUUUGGUGACAACAAAUCAGGAAACUUUGAGUCGAAUUUGGUUGCUGUAAACCUUAAAGUGGAGGGGAAAGACACAUCUAAACUCCAGUCGUCCUUCGGCAGCCUGAAGAAAGAGGAGGUGGAUGUACAGAAGCUGCUGCGCGACUCCAAAGACAAGAUUUUGGACAUGUCCCACUGUCUGAUCCAGCAGACCCGUGAGAAGUCCAGGGAGGUGUUUGCGGUGGUGAAGGAGAGGAUUGUGACGACCCAGCCGUGUUCGGUCAUAGAGGAGGUCCAGGAGGGGGGGCAGUUAGGGGAGCUGCUGAGCUUCUGUGGGCCCAAGAGCACCCAGGUGUCUGUAAAGGAGAACAGCAGCCUGCACAAAGACAGCAACGUGUCUCUGGAGAUUCCUGCCCACACCGUCAUCGCUUACGGCAUUAUAGAGCUGGAGAUCAAACUCAACGGACACUAUGACCUGUGCCUAAUGUCUGACACUCUUGGGGGGUUCGAGGUGGAUGGGCCUGUUAAGAAGAGCUUAGUGGGGGUGUCUGGCGCUCGCGACGACACCCCAAAGAAGAGCUGCUUUCAGAGAGAACUGGAGAAACUGAGGGGUCAUUUCCAGCUGCUGUCAGUCCUGUCAGCAGACACACGUUCCUCUCUGCUCCAGCUCCUCAAGACAACCAUGGAGGACAGAGAGGCAGUCAGUGUGCUGGAGAGUGUGCUGGACCAGAUGUGCACAGGUAAGACAGCUGACCUGGGGGAGGUUAAGGAAGUGUCUCAGAUGCAGACAGUCCAGGCCAUACUGAACCUUCUAGAGCAUUCGGACUCCAGCCCAACACACUCCCUCCUCAGUGAUUCCAGCCAGACACCCUCCCUCAGUGAUUCCAGCCAGACACACUCCCUCCUCAGUGAUUCCAGCCAGACACCCACCCUCCUCAAUGCCACUCAUCUCAUUAUCAGUGCCAUGGAUGGAAUGACAGAUGAGUGUCUCUCUGUGUUGGGAUCCUGUUGCAGUCCUCCAGUCUUACAGGCCCUGCAGAUCCUGGUGCAGCAUGUGGCAGCAGGGAGUGGGGAGACCCUCUCUCUGAGAGAUGCAGGUCUGGCUGUUCUGACUGAGGAGGAGCUGUAUCAGAGGACAGAGAGUCUCUUUGGUCACUCUAAAGUUACACUGAAGAGAGAGGAGGACACACUGAGGACAGAGAUGAAGGAACAGCCUGGAUACCUUCCUCUAGUCAUGAGUAUCACUGUGAAAGGCCUGGCCUCUUUAGUGUAAGGAGAGACUGAGUAAGAGAGGGAGGAGCGGUUUCCUUCCUCUCCGGCAACUGAGUUAGGAAGGGCGCCUGUAUCUUUGUAGUGACUGGGUGUAUUGAUACACCAUCCAAAGUGUAAUUAAUAACUUCACAAUGCUCAAAGGGAUAUUCAAUG